CGAUUUCUACACAGUAUACGUUCACAUUCACAGAGAGCAGAUCUCGGACAAUCGACAUUCCUGGCGAUUUCGAUACUGAAAAAUCGAUAAAAUCAUCAUGUCGAGCAAACGUCUUGGUAGCAUGGUGUCCUCCGCAAGUGUGAUGCAGUCGACUGCAUCGAUCUCCAGCAGGUCUAAAAAAUCGAAAAAGCCCAAGCUGCCGACCUUUGACCUUUCGCUGAGCCAGAAGGUAGACAUUAAGAAAGCCUUCGAUUUGUUCGAUACCCAGUGCACGGGCUUUAUCGAAACCAAGGAACUUCGCGUGGCCAUUCGUGCCCUGGGAUUCGAGCCGAAAAAAGAGGAUAUCAAGCGCAUGAUGGACGAAAUUGAUAAGGACAAGACGGGAAGGAUUGCCUUUAACGAUUUCCUAUAUCUUAUGCGCCUGAAAAUGGCCGAAAAGGACUCUAAUCAGGAUAUGAUGAAGGCGUUUUCCUUCUUCGACGACGACCGCACCGGCAGCAUCUCAUUCGCCAACUUGAAACGCGUUGCCAAGGAGCUGGGUGAACAGCUCACCGACGAGGAACUGCAGGAGAUGAUCGACGAGGCGAAUAUUUCCGGUGAUGGUGAGGUUAGCAAGGAGGAGUUCCUCAACCUCAUCAAGAAAACCAAUCUGAUCUAGUCGAAUUUUGUAUAAAUUUAUUCCCCAUUUUAUUUGUGUAAGCGGGGAAACGACGUUGUUUCUAACCCAUAUAGAUUUACUCAUUUCAGCAGACACAUCAACCUGACUCGAAACCCAUUACAGUAUAGUAUCUUGAAGAAGUUUGGAUAUGCUUCGGUUCAAUAAAGCUACGCAGUGCAAAUGUA